AUGGCCUUCACAUUUGUUUUACAAGUGUACGUUAGCACAAACGAAAUAGCGUUUGUUUACCAGCCAAUACCUAUGAUUGGCACGCGGUUUACUGCGUCAGAGUCCCGUAUAAAGACAGACGACACCUGGCGCGCUACUCGCAAGCAUUCCAAGCAAGCAAUAGAAUACAUUGCGUCGGAACCAGUUCCUCGACCUUCGAUCGAAACUCUCGUUACUAGACAAAACGUUACGGGGGACGUUGCGUGGCUCCUAAAUUUGGCCGUGGUGGGAUUCCCCAAGUGCGGCACAUCCUUCAUGAUGCGCUAUCUCGGUCGACACGAAGAAAUAGCCAUGCUGACUGACGGUGAACACUGCGAGUUGUCGACGGGUACACAAGACUCUGUCCUUAUCAAGGCCCUGAUGGAUGGGCUUCCCAGCGGUAAGAUAGCGCGCGGCUUGAAAUGUCCGCGCCAGUUGGAAAGCCCCAGGGCCAUGCUGAGCCUCUCCCGGUACUUCCCGAACACAAAGAUAAUUGUUGGAGUCCGACAUCCUGUCCUUUGGUUUGAAUCCUUCUACAACUUUCGCCAGCAACGCACUUGGUUCAACCUGCUGCCAGCACAGGAACUGAUUGGAAAAUGUGCGGAUUUGGGGCCCUUUGAAAACGUGGCUUCGGUCUGUACCGAAAGAGCCAACUUCCACGAGCCUUUGGCUCGCUUGGGAAAGACGAGCAUGCAGAGCGCAGAUGAGCAACAAUACUUUUCGGCCGACGCGCAGAAUGUUUCAGACAACGUUGAUUUCUCCGACAAGAAGAUCUUUUUGUACGACCUCGCCCAGCUCCAGGACAAGGACCAAGAUCGUUCUCAACUGCUUCUACAAGACUUGCAGAACUUCCUGCAAGUCACAAAGCCCUUCCAGACGAUGGUGGCAGAGCGACAACCAGUCUCAAACGUAACACGCAUUGAUAUUUGUGACCCCGAGUACAACCGUUUACGCGAGGUACUUGUGGAUACUGGAGUGAAGGCGUCGAGAUGGAUUCGGCGAUUUUUUUUUCAUGCCAAAGGUGUGACGGUGUCGUCUCCCAAAUUUUUGGACCAGGUGUUGGCCAAGUGGGAAGAAGAUCCGUGCGAAGAGCGCCGGGCCAAGAGCAAUUCCGCCCUGUCCCCGCCGAAUCGGACUACCUCGUAA